AUGGAGCGUGGUUCCGGAAAACCACCGUUUUUCGAUGGGACAAAUUCUCCUUAUUGGAAGAUUCGCAUGUCUGCACAUCUUCAGGGGAUUGAUUGGCUAGUUUGGAAAAUUUGCGAGGAUGCUACUUUCGUUGUGCUUGAACCCUGUGCUCGAACCACGCAAGAUCAAAAAGAUCGGCACAACGCAAAUAGCAGAGCAAGAUCUGUUCUUUUCUCGAGUCUUUCGCUUCCUGAGUUCGAGCGUGUCUCUGAUUGUGCUACUGCUCGAGAGAUCUGGGUGAGGCUUCAGAGCUAUCACGAGGGUACAGCCCAUGUCAAAACCAGACUCUAUGAGACGUACAAAAGAGAGUACGAGAACUUCACUCAGCUUGAUGGCGAGUCCAUCGAUGCCAUGUUUUCUUGUUUUCAGACGAUCAUUAACAAGAUGCGAGCAAACAAGGCACAACUACCUUAUGACGAUCAUGAGAGGGCUCUCAAGCUUCUAUAUGCCCUAGAUCGGAAGGUAUGGGAUGUGAAGGUGUCCGCCGUCAUCGAGUCUUCGAACUACGACACCAUCACUGUGGACGAGCUGUUCAGCAAGCUCAAGUCCACCGAGAUCGACUACCAGACUCAAGCCAAGCUCAAGAAUCCCUCUGCAUCGACUAUGGCUUUAGUCUCAGGUAACAGUUCAAGUUCUUCAGCUAACCCUUCACAGAUGUCGUUUGCCUUGUCUUCUUUGGUGUCUGUUUCAGAGGAGCAGUUGGAGACCCUUGGGGAUGACGAGCUGGCGUUGAUCAUCAGCUGGUUCUCGCGGUUCCACAACAACCGCUUGAACCGCCGCCGGGGCGGUGAUCAAAAGGUGGGCUGCUACAACUGUGGAGAUCUCGACCACUUCGUCGCCCACUGCCCCAAGAAGAACAAGCACUUCUCCGACAAGUACGACUCCGGCAAGCGCAAGGACAAACGCGACUACACCUCCAAGAAGUACAAGUCAAAGAAGGGCUUCGACAAGGAGGCGCUCAAGAAGAUGUACCGCAAGAAAGCCAAGGCGCAAGAGCGUGCCUUCCUUGCUUCCCUCAGCGACCUCGACAACGACUCCGGCGAUGACCGCUCCUCUUCUCCCUCGAGUGACGAUGAGUCCGAGAGGAAGAUGGAGGAGAAGCUGACUGGUCUUUGCUUCGUCGCCGACUCCACUCACGAAGGCUUCUGCACCAUGGCGAUUGAUUAA